AUGAACUCGACAGCUUCGAAGAGGAAUUCGGUCUCUCCUCCCAACUGGGAACAAUCGUCGGAAGAAGACCAACCACUGGAUUUCAGCCGGUCGACGUCAGACGACCAUGCUGAGUCGAAACUGACCAACGGUAAAACCCCGAACUCAGUGACUUCGACCCAAAGCUCGGAGGAAGCGUGCUCGACCGCGAGGAUGUUCCUGCAGUCGACUUCGCCGCGCGGAAACAUAUCGCCUCAAACAGCCUCAUCGGAUAUCUCAGACGCCGAGCCGUCCGAUGUCGCCGCGAGUUUGCCGUCCAAUUUCAUGUUCGCAAGAUCCACGCUCCCUCCGACACUGUCGCCUUCGGAACUUCUACCGGGACACGACAUUCUGAACCCGGCUUUCAAUCCUCUGUAUCAAUUCGCCUAUCGGCCCGCACUUCCCCAAUUGGACGCAACGCUGCUCCGAGGCAACGGUGGUUUCCUCGAUCCGGAAUACCUGCGUUUCCGCCAACAGGCCCUCUCCCAACGUAUUCAACAGUUGGGACGCCGGAAACUCGGUAGGGUUAGCCCGUCGCCGCCACCGAACACGAUCAGCCCGCCAGAAAUUACACGUGAGAUGUCCGAGCACUCAAAUGACUCGCAACACAUCUCCACGUCGAGUUCCACCCCGGGAUCGGUUACCCCUACCAGAGGCCAAACGGCGGGUCGACGCCGGGGCAAGGCUUAUCCCGAAGAGAAGAAAGACGCCGCCUACUACGAGCGUCGUAGAAAGAAUAACGAGGCUGCCAAGAGAUCGAGGGACGCCCGAAGAGCCAAAGAAGACGAAACCGCAAUCAGGGCAGCUUUCCUAGAAGAGGAAAAUCUCAAACUCAGGGUCGCCAAUGCUGCCCUGGAAACCGAACUACAGAAACUACGAUGUAUAGUCUACGCACGAGCUGACUGA